CUCGCGCUUGCGGGCGCCGCUGGCCGAUACGAAAAGAACGAAAAAAGUUGCCCCCCUCUUCGGUCCGCUCCCGGCAAAACCGCGAACGCUGUUCCGAGUUCGGGAGCCACACAACACGGCGCAUCCCCCGCGCGCGCAGGCUGCCGUGUGGUGCGUGGUUGUGUGCGGCGCGCUUGUUUCAGCCGCGCUGUCUUGUUAAGUUUGUGGGUGACUGCUGUACGUCGUUCUUGCCGUGAAUGGUGGCCGUCGAACGUCGUAGCUGACCCCGCCGCCGGGAACUUUGUUGGCUGGACACCUACUUCCCCCGUUGUUGUUGGCGUCUCGCGUUAUCUGCUUUCUUUCUUUUUUUUCUGUUUUUUUUUUCGGUGGUGGAGAAAGACUACUUCGCUAGCGCGUGAGCUUACCUUCUCAUGGUUCGUCGCUGGCACUGCGUCGUCUGCAUCACCAGACGAGGAUUCGAUGCGCACCCCUGGCGACCGUCAGCUGCUGCGCCGGCCGUAUCACCGUGACGUCACCGUGGCGCCCGCCCACUUCCGCUGCCGGCUAUCGCCACCACUUCCGGUCCGUCUACGGGCUUCCUGGACGCCCACGCGCUCUUCUUUAGGGCCAUGCGGAAGGUACCGGCUACGGCGGCCAUCUUGCUAGCAACCCUGGGCAUAACAAUCACGGAGCCCCGGUGGUUGGGUGCGAAUGCAUCGUCGUCGUCGUCGUCGUCGUCCUCGUCGUCCAUUCCUGUGGUCCAUCAUCACCCGAGCCGCGGGUCCGACGACCACUGCCGGCAGCCGGGUCCGCUGGGACUGCUGGCGGGCCGCCUCCAGGAGUGGCAGCUCAGCGCCAGCUCUACGCGCCAGCCCGAAUGCCAGCUGCGUUACGCCCGCGUGCUGGAGCUGGCCUCGCGCGGAGCCUGGUGUCCCGCUAAGGAUGCCGACACCGAGUGGAUACAGGUGGACCUGGGCGCCGACGCGAAGAUCACGGGCCUGCUGACCCAGGGUCGCGGCGACGGUCGUGAGUGGGUAUCGUCGUUCGCCGUGUCCUACAGCAUGGACGCCUACCACUGGAAGCACUGCCUCGACGCCCACGGGAACAAAAAGGCGUUUCUGGGCAACACCGACUCACACAGCCUGAAGCUCAGCUACCUUGAUCCUCCGGUGCACGCCCGCUUCCUUCGACUGCACGUGCUGCGCUGGCACGGCCGGCCCAGCCUGCGCUUCGAACCACUCGGAUGCCAGGAGUGCAACGAGGUCAUCUCGGUUCCGCCCGUGGCUCGACUGACGGCGUCCAGCUGGCGUCCCUGGCACCCGCAACAGGGAUCGUGCAGCCCGGACGAAGCGCAGCUCUUCGCCAGGGGUGGUUGGUGCGCACUCAGGAACAACGGCAACCAGUGGCUUCAGGUGGACCUGGGGCCAGCGACCCGAGUGACCGGUGUGGCCACCAGGGGCCGCGGCGAUGCCCGGCGCAAGCACUGGACCACGGCGUACCUGCUCUCCUACUCCAACGACAGCCUCCAUUGGCACCACUACAAGGACGACAACCACCUGGAUCCCAAGGUGUUCGGGGGCAACAUGGACCGCGACACGGAGCGACGUCACUACCUGAACCAGCCGUUUGUGGCGCGCUUCGUUCGCUUCCAGCCAACCUCGUGGAAGAGGAGGAUCGCGCUGAGGGCCGCCGUUAUCGGGUGCCCGCACAGGGGAGACUGCGGUCCUGGAUUCCUGAGGGUUCGUGAGGACUCCGAAUGCACCGAGAACCUGGCGUACCGUCGCGAGACGUGGGUGAACGACCGUCGGUACGCGUUCGCCCAGUGGACCGACGGCCACUCGUCGUUCGCCGUGGACGGCGACGCGAGCACUUCGCAGCCUCCGCGAAGCUGCGCCAUCCUGGACAACUACUUCGUCGACCAGCCCGUGUGGAUGGUCGACCUGGCCAAGAGGCAGCGGGUGCGCGGGCUGGUGGUGCUCACCUGGCAGGCCAGGCACCAGCACGAGCGCAGCAAGCUUCACCACGAGAUGUCCAACCUGGACAAGCUGACGGCGUACGUGGUGGACCGGCCGCGGCUGGAGGAGAUCCCCAACGCCUACAAGUGCGCCUCGGUGUCCCGCUUGCACGGGGCGCUGUCCCGCCGCCGGUUGCACUUCGAGUGCCCCGACGACAUGCAGGGCCGCUACGUCUACCUCAAGGCCAGCGGCGUGCCCAACCGCAAGGGCCGUCUCUACGCCGCGGUCCUCUGCGAGGUCAUGGCCUACUGACCACGCGUCGCCUCGCGACAGUCCCCGCCGUAUAGGGUUGCCCAAGUAGCGUGCAGUGUGAUCAAGCUCACGGCUACGACCUAUCGGCGUCAACCUUGCGCCGCCGAGUGUGGUGUUUGCUGAACGGAUCUGCAAUCAGAGCUGCCAUCAUGCUUAAAGAAAGUCGUCGACGUCGCAAAAGCAUUCUGUAACCAAGCAAUCGAAGCUGUGUUCAUUUUCUCUUCACCGACGUGCGACUAUUGGUUCUUGCUCUUUCUUUCUUUUUUCAAUAGCAUUUAGGUCUUUCAGGGAUGUAGCCGUAUGCUGUUAAAGACUGUCUUUCCUGCGUUUGUGAGCAAGUUUUGUCUUUUUCAUCUCACCAUUGUGAAGUGUGUUUUAUGUGGAGCAUUCUGUAAUCGUGCAAACGAAUUUUAGAUAUGUCAUUAAGCAGUCUCAAUAAAUAUAGGAGAUACUGGUAAGAUAUCCCUAACAGGAUAAUCUGAAAGCACUGCGACAAUUUCACGCGUUCUUUAUGCAAUCCUUGUGGAAAUGAUUCGGAAUUGACGCGCGGAAUUGUUACUGAUUAAUAAUGGCGCCGGUAACAAAUUAUAGGCACAUAAAAAUGUCAGAAUUCUCGCGGAAACAUUUCCGUGAGCCUGUACUCGGAAAGUCCUGCGGUCACCAAGGCAGCUUUCGCCUGCGCCUGGCGCUAAAGAAUCGAUAAAUUUAUCGAUGAAAUCUGUCAAGCACCAUGUUUUUUUUAAUGAUGGAAAACCACAAGGAUACAUUAAUUCAAUCCAUACUGUUUCUGUGCUUUGUCUACAUAAGUUUAUUGUGGAAUAUGCCUUGGCUAUGUUUUGACAGUCUUGCCGGAAGGAAAUGAAGUUUUGUAGAAGUUCGCGGAACUUUGCAGUUCAAGUCGGUUUGCUGUGUCGCAACCGACCACCUCUGAAAACGAGCACAAAUCAAACAAACUCAAUUUUAUCGUCUAUGUUGUUUGUCGUUGCGUAUACCUUCAUUUAAAGUUUUCAAGCGCGUUUCAUGUGCUCGUAAGCUGUAAUGUAGUUACAGUCGUGUAUGUAUGACCGUCUCGCUCUCUAACUUGCUGCUCCAUGACCGUGACACUUGUUGAUCGCCACAUUCGCAUGUAGGCAUUGUUGAAAGGACUUGCAUUUCUCUACGCGCUGUUAAGGUAUCUGCACUUCCCCUAAUGUCAUUCAACUUCUCCCAAGUCUGUGUUGGCGCCAUAGAGACGACACUCUCCACAGUACCGUUAUCGUAGCCGUUACACUGCAAUAAGAACCCUGUUAAAGCGGAGAAACGUGUGGGCUGGAAUAUCUGUACCUAGUAAUCACAUAUGGUCACAUAUGGUCACAUAUGGUCACAUAUGGUCACAUAUGUUUAUAUAUAUUUAAAAAAAAACUAUGAACACACAUGAUGAUAUGGGACUACUUAAUAUUGAUGUUAUAGGCCACAUCUCGAUUCUUUUUACUGGGUGCAGACGUCGUAUUUUCGUUUCUCUUGUUGUAAAGAUAAUGACAUAUCACCAUGCAUCCAUAACCGUGGUUCUGUUGCUGCCUGCGGCGUAUAUUUGCAUUUACUAACCUCGAAGCGGGGGGGGGGGGGGGUGAUUAAGUGGGAUAAGCAAUGAAGCAGCUAGCACGGGUCUGAUUAACAAGAUCCCCAAAAUGAACCUUCGCUUGAUAUAGUAUAUUCUUCAUCAGCGACCAGUGAUUUGCCGUUACCUAAGCCUGCAGUGUUAUGUACAAACACGUUGAACGAUGUAUUACUGCCACUUGAAAUGCUAUUAAAACACCCUAUAGCCAGUUGAAAGAAAACGUGAACGAUUGUCGUACUGCGUUUAGAUGUCUGUCUCGUUAUUGGUGUACGGCCGCGGUACUGUUUCCCCUACAAAACGGGCGCAUCGUCGCUUUGGCGGCGUUUUCUCACACCGCGUAUAAACAAAAUGCCAGUCAAAAUGUUUUGGCUGAACAAAAGUGGACACUGGAAAUGUCGAGUACGCUUUGUAAACUGUUAAAUAAUUUGUGGCUUCAGCUAAACGUCGCCUUCGUCAAAGCUUCUGGCCGGGAAGAAAAAAAGUUACUACCUUCACCUUUUCAUGAAAACCCACACUAAACGCCAAGUAAGAAGCGCGUUGCGUUCAAGGUAACCAAAGGCAAAAUGGCCGUCGACAUUACGCUUUUCUUUUUUUUUUCACGGUGCAGUUUUCACGUCUCCGUAACUUGCACUUCACGCCACGGGUGCCUUGACAAACCUUGACAUAUCGCAAUCUCGCAACAUUUUGUUCGUUAUAAAAUGCUCGUUACUAAAGUACUAAGGCUGUUUUGGUCGAAAGUACACAGGCGGAGCGAGGACUCAGAACACAAUUUUCGCUUACUGCGUGAGUCAAAUGCACGGAAAACUGGAUUUGUAAGGCACUAACGGAAAUCUUUCAACAUUCUGCACCUGCCUUACGUAACUUUAUUUGCGUAAACAAAGAUUUGUUUCGCUACAACUGAUGCCGUGCUAAGCCGUGUAUUCACAGUUGGUUUCUUAGUAUAUAGUAGUAGUUCGCUUAGUGAAACAGUGUGUUGUAUACAAUACCGACUCCGUUUUUCUCCAUACUGCCUUCGCUCCGUUCUAUCUUUAACUCAAUGGCUAGGGCAUGGGUAACUCUAUGUCCGCUAUUAUCAGUCUAUCAAAGAAUCAAUCAGUCAGUCAAUCAACCCAACCUUAUGUUGUAUGUCGCAUACACUGGAAACAUCCUCACGCAUGUGCUAAAAUCUGCCACUAACAGCUUGACUGGUCACAGGGGGCGUAAGCACAGUGAGUUCCAUUCUUAAACGGAACACUCUAACGGCACUAUUCGGGAAUUCGCCCGUGUUGUACAACGUGUUCGCGUUAACAGUGAACCACUCUGUUUGGUGCUGUUCGGCCAUAUUUGAUCCUUGCGCCAAUAAAAUCCAUAAAUUGUCGUCAACCGCUCUGUACAUGACAGCGCGGGAAUGGUUUGUAUCCGCGAAGGUCACACAAACAGGACUAUAUGAGCAAAACACGGCACCUUAAAAGUGUAGCAACAAGAACAACAAGGGCGACAAAUGUAGCAUUGGAAAUUUCGACAAUUUCACAGUCCACACCACACGCCCUCCGAUUCACUAUGCACUAUCCACGGCGGCGUGAUAAUGAAGCAGUUGCUUUCAAACGAGCUUACCUUUACAUGUUCUUGGAAGCCAGCUGAU